AUGAAUCAUUUAUCAUCUGAUAUUUCAGAAUCCAUUAUCCAUAAUCAUAACAAUAAUAAUUCCGAAGAUCAAAUUUUAUCUAUUGGCUCAGCUAGUACACUUAAACGAGCGAUGACAGUAAAAACAUUAAAUGAAAUGUUUGAUUGUAUCAAAGAUAUGAAAUUUUAUGCUAAAACUAUUGAACAAGAUUUACCAGAAUAUUUCAAAACAAGAUCUAUAAAUAAAAAAAAUGAAAUAGAUACAAUGGAAUUUGAAAUUGAUGAUUUUAUUCAAUUAGCUAAACAACGUUUAAAUAAUAAUCGUUAUAUUCUCCUUAAUGAUUUAAUCGAACAAAAAAAAAAAUCAAAUGAAUCUCAAUUACAACAAUCAAUAAAAAAUAAUUAUAAGAAAUCAUUAGUAGAAAAACAAGUUGAAUAUAUGAAACGUGUUAUUGCUGCACAACCAUCAGCUCUUGAAGCAAUUUAUUUAGAAGCAUUACUCAAUCCAGAUCAAUGGCAAUAUAAUCAUCAUCUUCUUCAAACAUCACCUAUGGAUAACUUAACAUCAAAUGAACGAAAACGAUUAAAUGAAAUUUUAAAUAAAUAUGAAUAA